AUGGACCACUGGGUGACAGCAGCUAGCUCGUUGCUGGCUUUCCUGCUCUACUAUAACACCCUAGAUGCAGGAUUUGUUUACGAUGACAGGCGGGCGAUUCUCUCCAACCCGGAUGUCAUCGGGCACACACCUAUAAAGGCAUUAUUCGAAAACGAUUUCUGGGGGACGCCACUCACAGAUCCCGGUUCGCACGGCUCAUAUAGACCACUGUGCGUCGCUACAUAUCGAUUCAACUACGCCUUUAGUGGAUUUAAACCGUGGAGCUACCAUCUUCUCAAUGUUAUUUUACAUUGUACGGCAACUGCUUUAGUGGUGACUACUGCCCGCCGUCUGUUACCACCAUAUUGUUUAAGAGUGGGUACUGUUGUUACUGGUUUAGCAUUCGCAUCACACCCGAUACAUACGGAAGCCGUGGCAGGAGUCGUCGGGCGUGCUGACUUAGCAGCUUGUAACUUAUUUCUAUUGAGUUUCCUUUUCUAUAGUGAACACAUUCGAUUGCGGGAAGAACGACACAAGAAACAAUGUCGACACGUACACAAAGACAAUAUAAUUCAAAGGCAAGUGACGAGUAGUGAACAGCCGUUCAGACUCAGCUGCCAUAGUUUAGUACAGCACAUCAUGAUGAACUUUCGAAAGCUGAUGAAAGCAAGUAGAGCGGGACCAAUGAAAAUGUUGGAUGCGUGUGAGGUUAAACCGGGAACAGUGCGAUCAAAGUGUCAGUUUAGUGGUGGUGUGAGUGAAGAUACAGGUGAACUGUUGCAGUGGCUGACGUUAGCGGGAACACUUGCUUUCGCUGCAGCCGCAACUUUGUGUAAAGAGCCAGCCAUAAUGGUUCUGCCUCUUUGCAUAUUCUAUGACCUUCUAAAGGGUACUCGAUACGAGGAAUCAUACUAUAAGAGUCGUGCAGAAGCAACGGAUGUCGUUAGUGCAAGUCUUUAA